GGCGCUACAGACAUUAGAGGAAAUCAAGGAACUUCAUAACCACCCCGAUUGUUGGCCCACGGCGGGGUGAGACAAGGGCAGGCCAAAUAAUACAUAGGAUGUGGAUCUGGUAUCUCUUGCUUGGUUCGGGAUCGGGCUCAGCCUUGGUUGAGAGCCAGCUUCUCCCGGGAAACAACUUCACCACGGAGUGCAACAUCCCCGGAAAUUUCAUGUGCGGGGACGGGAGAUGUAUUCCCGGGGGCUGGCAGUGCGAUGGUUUUCCUGACUGUUUCGACGGGAGCGACGAGAAAGGCUGCCCGAAGGUGAAGUCAAAAUGCGCCCCCACGUUCUUCUCCUGUGCCAACGGCGUCCACUGCAUCAUCGGACGCUUCCGCUGUAACGGCUUCAAGGACUGUCCCGAUGGCAGCGACGAGGAGAACUGCACAGGUAACCCUCUGCUCUGCUCAUCAUCCAGAUUCCACUGUAGGAAUGGGCGGUGUGUAGACCGUAGUUUCCUGUGUAAUGGUGAAGAUAACUGUCAGGACAACAGUGAUGAGGAAAACUGUCUGACCACGGCAGAGUCACCUGGGCAGGACUUUGUAACAUUAGACUACAGGCUGCGUUACUACCCCAGUAUAACAUAUGCAGUGAUCGGAAGCGCUGUCAUUUUUGUCCUGGUGGUGGCGCUGUUGGCCUUGGUCCUGCACCAUCAGAGGAAGCGCAGUGUGCUGCUGCCACGGGGGGUGCGUGGAGCUCAUCAGCACCAUCAGCCCCUGCUGCUGUCCCGCCUGGUCAUCGUAGACAGGGGUCACGUCCACUCCGCUGGCCCCAGCCUCUCGCCCUCCACCACCUCCGCUCAGUUCAGCUCUGCCCCCAGCCUGCAGCUGCUCUCUGGGUCUCUGUUCCCCAGAGCCCACUCGCUGGACUCUCCUCCAUCAUACUCACAGGCUGUGAUGGAUGCCAGCCGGCCACCCUGGUUCGAUCUCCCGCCUCCGCCAUACCCUCCUGACGGUAGCGAGCCGUCCGACAGAGAACCACCUGUGUACGAGGCCCCUGCUGAGUCCUCCUGUACUCCCAGAACCAGGACCACGCCAGCAGAAUCUGGGUCCACCUCCAGGAACAGAGAGGAGUCUGACUCACUGUAG